AUGAGUUUCUCAGGGCGCCCUCAGGGCAAGCCCGAUGGUGAAAUGUUCUUAAACCGUCCCAAUGAUCGCGAUUCCCCUACCAUUGUCGAACCAUUGCGCAUCAACAAAAGGACUUCAAGUGCUGGUUCUGGUGUCCUACCCACCCAAAGUCCACCCCCGCAGCAGCAGCCCGUUCAGACCACCCACUAUCCCAUGCCUUCGCUACCAUAUCCAGAUGCUCGCCCUAACGGUGGUCCGCCAUCCAAUAUACCUGCCAACUCCUAUCCAUACCCAGACGUUAGAAGAGUCACUUCCCCUGAGCAACCCGGAAGUGCGGGGAGUGGCACAAGGCAACAGGCAAAGAGAACUACCUCGGGCGAUACAAAGCAAGGUCAGACUCUGGCCGAGAGGAGAGGGACUUUUCCAAAACCAUUACCAGAGUCUCCUGGUCCUGAAGCACCAGACAAGGAAGGUCUGUUCCAACGUGCUCCUCAAAGAACGGCUGGUCCUGCAACUGCGCCUCUGCCGAAUAUGCAAGGUCAGCAACAGCACCAAUACUGGCCUCCUCCAUCAGCAAGUGCCACAGGCGAUGCCCUGAGUAGAUUGAACAUCAGAGAUCCGUCAUCAAUCAACCGCAUAAGCUCGACCGCUUCCACGUCAACCACGAGGGCACAAAGAGGUUCUCCACCUCCACCCGAGACCCCCAUAGUUGGUCCUAAUGCUGUGGGCGCUCCAAACCCUGUGAGCGCACGGCCUCAGACGGAUAUUGAGGCUCGGUACGCGGCCUCUGGCAUAGCCGGCACUGCAACUUUGACCAGUUUACAGGCUCAAAGCUUAGCUGCACAGCACAGAGCCGCUCAGUAUGGCAAUCAAGCGCCACCAGGUCAAGCUCAGGCCAAUAAUCCACCUCGCCGGCCAUGGACACCCACAGAGCUUCCCGGAAGUACAGCUCAUCCAGUUCCGACGGUAUAUCAGGGUAUGGGCGAGGCAGAAACCUCUCCUCCGAGAACUUCUCCCCGACCACUCUCACAUCAUCAGGCGCAAGUCCAAUCUCCUGGUCGAAAUCCACAACAUCCCUCCGAGACUGAAAUUGCCAGGGUUGGACCUCAUGAAGAGCCUCCCCCCGCUUAUUCUCAGGUGCCUGGUGCGGCAAAUGGGAGGCAAUACCCCUCUGACAAGCAAAGACGAAGCACUGCCGGAGCAUCCCUACCACCAUCAAUAGGUGUGGCUCAGGCACCUACAAACAUUACCCCAGGCAUUCAAGUACCCAAUCAAUCGGAUCAUCCAGCAUUCGCGAAUGAUCCUCGACAAGGAACUCCAAGCAAUGCGGCGCAGCCUAUCCUCAAUGGCCAUGUACAACAACAACCACAACCACAACAGUAUCAGGUACCGCAGACUCCCUCACAAAUACCUCCGGCCUCCCCUCCGCCACUACCAGAAGGCUGGAUAGCUCAUAUGGACCCAAAUUCCGGCCAGUAUUAUUAUAUUCAUCUGCCCACGCAAUCUACGCAAUGGGAAUUUCCAAAGGGUCCCACCCCCUUGAACUUGACCGAGACGCCUCUGUCACCCGUCGCAACUAUCUACCAGAAUCCUCUUGCUUCACCCGGUCUUUCCUUUUCUCAGAAACCACUCGCAUCUCCAGGUGUCCCUUUGACUCCAUUCACACCAGGAUUCGAUCAACAAAGUGUCAUGGGAUUAUCUAGCCCGGCUGCUUUUACGGGUCCUCCACCGACUGCGGGUGUAGACCUGUACAAGAUUGUCGCUACCAAUGGAGUGUACUUUGGACCAUACCUGCGCUAUUGUAACAUGGACAUUGAACGGGGUAUCUGGUAUGGAUCGAUACUAUUGGUCACUGAUGCGCCACAACCUCCUACUAUCCAUAUCCAUCAGAGUACCGAUUUGUCACCGAAUCCUCGUCAGCUGAAAGCUGCUAACAUCUGGACCCACCAAAGAUGGACAUUCUACAAGUAUGAGAUAGAUCUUGUCAUGGAUGAAUCUGGACCUGCGAAGUGGACCUACGCAAUCACAUCACAUUUAGGUUGCACUCGAUAUGAAUUCAUGGUGGCCGGCAAGCAUGAGACAAAUUGGAGAUUCAUCGCAACAUCGGGCAACGACUUUUCAUUGAAUGUCAGUGCCAAUGAACGAGCUAGACUAGGCGGUGCAGGCUUCAUGUGGAAAGAUAUCAUGCAAAAACAUGCUGAAUGUGGUGGUUUUCACUGUCAGCUUGGUCUGGGUGGUCAGAUCUCUGCCGACAGAUUGUGGAAGGAAAUUCCUUCCUUGAAACAAUGGUUGGCUACAAGUGGCAAAGACAACAGAAAGAAUGCUAUGUGGACGGCUGCACACGAGGAGGAUGUUACACACGCCUAUUUCCAUUACUACACCAGUCAUUUCGAUCAGCCAUACCUACGAGAAGCUUUCGCGCAGAUACCCCAUGUUUUGAUAAUUGACGACCAUGACAUUUUUGACGGAUUUGGAUCCUACCCCGAAUAUAUGCAGUUCAGCAAUAUGUUCAAAAACAUCGGUCGCAUCGGUAUUGAGAUGUACUUACUAUUUCAGCAUCAUACGACUUUGGAACUUCUUCGUAAUGUUUCCGAUGAUCGAGAUCUAUUCACCAUCACGGGUACUGGAUGGCACUUCGUCAAGUACCUUGGACCAGCGGUAGCUAUUGUUGGGCCAGAUACAAGAAGUGAAAGGAAUCCACAUCAAGUCAUGGCUGGACCAACUUACCAGGGCCUUUUCCCGAAGAUUGCGCUUUUACCCUCAACGAUUCAACACUGCAUACUCAUGGUAGCGGUUCCUUUAAUCUAUCCUCGACUUGAUGCUGCUGAAUCCAUCGCACACACUGUGGCGACUGGCAAGAAAGCCGUGACCGGAACAUACAAUCUCCUUGGAAAAGUCACUAGCUCUGUGGCUGGUGUUGUUGGUGCGAAAGGCGCCGUUGGUUCGGGAUUUGAUUCCGUCAAGAGAGCUGUUGGAAAGUCUGGCCUGAUGGGAGGAAUUCUAAGUCCAUUCGGAGAUAUCGAUGUGCUCGAUGAGUUGAAAGAUCAAUGGACACACGAAUCGAAGGACCUUGAGCGAACAUAUUUCAUUCGGACUCUGCAAGGCAUCUCUCACCAACGGUCCAUCCGCUUUACGUUUCUCUCUGGAGCUGUCAAUACUUGUGGAGCAGGAUUGGUUCAUGAUCCUUCUCAUCCAUCAGACCACAAAACCAUGUAUCAACUCAUUUCAUCCUCGGUGGUGAACACGCCACCACCAAGUUACGUCAUGAAAUUACUCAACAACAAUAAGCCUCUCUACAUUCCUCCAAAUGGGCAAAGGUCGACUCCCCAGCAACCAACAGACACCAAAGAAGACAUGAUGGAGAUAUUCAGUCAUGACGGUAAUGGUCAACCCACCAACAAUCGCAAAUUGAUGGCAAGGAGGAAUUAUGUGGCCAUAGUGGUUUAUGACCCCGAGAUCGUGAACGGAACAUUUGGACAAACCGGAAUGCAUCGGGGUUCCGGCAAGUUGAGUCUUGCUGCAGACUUCCUCGUUCAAGGUGAAGGGGGUUAUGGUGGUGUUGUGAAAUUCGGACCUGUGGUCGUUCCAAGUCUGGAAUACGGUCGGUGA